AUGUUGUCAAGAUAUUUUGGAAUUGUUUUUCCUGAAGACCACGAUAGGAGCGCGCAAGCGCACUCUGGUCGAAUCUGCGCCGCUGCAGGUGGAUCACCAACGCUGUCCCCCUGCUCGAGCUUGGAUAGAGCCACGUCGCCUAUUUCUCCCACACAGAGCAACAAGCGAAGCCGCAGCAAGAGCCGCAGCGGGAACGAGAGCCGCCUCCGCCACAGCGGAAACCGCAGCAGGAGCAGCAGCAGGGGCCGUCGCGUGAAAUCUGGGACGGCGGGUGUCCGCCCCGUUUCGACACAUUGCGCGAAAGUAGAGCAUACCAAUCGCAAACGUUUCUGGGUCUGGAAGGAUGCAGCUUCUUGUCGCGCGAAGUCUCCACGACAAAAAAAUCUGUAUUGUAUGAACGCCAAAAGCUAAGCCCACUUGUUGCCAUGCAAAAGGCCGACUUUUCGCGCGGGAUAAGCAUGAGGAAGGUCUCGCAGCAUCUGUGAUGCUUGUGUGUGCAUUCCAGACCAUGCGCAUGGUCCGCGAGCUGCACGAGGACAAGUUUCGUUGCACCCUUCCAGACCCAGACACAUUUGCAAUGGAUAGAAGACAGCGCACAACAGCCUAUGUUGGGGAGGGCGACGACCGACACUCAGCUAGAGCUAGAAGCACACCGACAGCGUCGCUCUCGGGCCCGUGACUCGUCUGACUUUAGCCGCAGCAGAAGCCGUUCCGUGAAAUCUGGGGGGAUGAAGCAUUGUGCGAAUAUCAAUUGCAGAUAUGUCUGGAGCUCGAACAAGGAAGGACGCAGCUUGUCGUGCGAAAUCUCCACGAAAAAAAAUCUGUGUUGCAUGAACGCCAAAAGCUGCCCACUUGUGGCUCGUCUCCAAAAGGCUGACUUCUCGCGCGGGAUAGCCAUGAGGAAGGUCUCGCAGCAUCUGUGAUGCUUGUGUGUGCAUUCCAGACCAUGCGCAUGGUUCGCGAGUUGCACGAGGACAAGUUUCCCACCCUUCCAGACCCAGACAUAUUUGCUCUGGAUAGAAGACAGCGCGCAACAGCCUAUGUUGGGGAGGGCGACGACCGACACUCAGCUAGUACCCCGACAGUGUCGCUCUCGGGCCAGUGACUCGCUUGACUUUACUUCUAGUAAGUCACUAGUACGAGUUCGUUGA